GCUCCCUUCCUCUUUUCUCCCUACGUCCUUCCUUCCCCUUUUCUCCUCUCCCCCUCCCCCUUUUCCCUUCCCCUGAUCAGCAGCUCCCGAAACAAAGGACGUGGGGCUCUCCAGGCAUCAGCGGUUCAGCCCCUCGCACGCCCUGGACGCGGCAUCUUGUUCGGGGGACCAGGGAUCGCAGGCUGCACGUCCCCUCCCCAGCCGCCCCCGCCUCCCUCGCGCGCUCGCUCGCUCGCUCCCCGCUCGCUGCCUCCCCCACCUGCGCAGCGCUGGGAGGAAGGCGCCGGGGCUCAAGAUGGCUUUAGCCGGGCUCUGCACCCUGCUCGCCUGCUGCUGGGGGCCGGCAGCGGUGCUGGCCACGGCCACCGGCGACGGGGAUCCCUCCAAGGAGCUGGAGUGCAAGCUCAAAAGCAUCACGGUGUCGGCACUGCCCUUCCUGCGCGAGAACGACCUCAGCAUCAUGCACAGCCCGUCGGCCUCCGAGCCCAAGCUCCUCUUCUCCGUGCGCAACGACUUCCCGGGAGAAAUGGUCGUGGUGGACGACCUGGAGAACACGGAGCUGCCCUACUUCGUGCUGGAGAUUUCAGGGAACACGGAGGACAUCCCUCUGGUACGCUGGAGGCAGCAGUGGCUGGAGAAUGGCACUUUGCUUUUUCAUAUCCAUCACCAAGAUGGUGCCCCAAGCCUCCUCGGACAAGACCCAACCGAAGAACCCCAGCAUGAGUCAGCAGAAGAGGAGCUGAGGAUCCUGCAUAUCUCAGUCAUGGGCGGCAUGAUUGCUCUGCUGCUGUCCAUCUUGUGCCUGGUGAUGAUCCUGUACACUCGCCGCCGCUGGUGCAAGCGCCGCCGGGUCCCCCAGCCCCAGAAGAGUGCCAGCGCUGAGGCAGCCAAUGAGAUUCACUACAUUCCUUCUGUACUGAUUGGCGGGCACGGGCGAGAAAGUCUGCGCAAUGCCCGCGUGCAGGGCCACAACUCGAGCGGCACCCUGAGCAUCCGGGAGACACCCAUCCUGGAUGGCUACGAGUAUGACAUCACUGACCUGCGCCACCACCUACAGAGGGAGUGCAUGAACGGAGGGGAGGACUUUGCCAGCCAGGUCACGCGCACCCUGGACUCCCUGCAGGGCUGCAAUGAGAAGGCAGGGAUGGACCUCACACCAGGGAGUGACAAUGCCAAGCUGUCCCUGAUGAACAAGUACAAAGAUAACAUCAUCGCCACCAGCCCUGUGGACUCCAACCACCAGCAAGCUACUCUGCUGUCGCACACCUCCAGCAGCCAGAGGAAGCGUAUCAACAACAAAGCCAGAGCUGGCUCCGCCUUCCUGAACCCCGAAGGGGAUUCUGGCACAGAGGCAGAAAAUGACCCCCAGCUUACCUUCUACACAGACCCCUCGCGGAGCCGGAGGCGCAGUAGAGUGGGCUCUCCCCGAAGUCCCGUGAAUAAGACCACCUUGACACUGAUCAGCAUCACCACCUGUGCGAUCGGCCUGGUGUGCUCUUCUCAUGUCAGCUGCCCUCUCGUUGUCAAAAUCACCCUGCACGUCCCCGAGCACCUCAUCGCUGAUGGGAGCCGCUUCAUCUUGCUGGAGGGGAGCCAGCUGGACGCCAGCGACUGGCUGAACCCUGCCCAAGUGCUGCUGUUCUCUCAGCAGAACUCCAGCGGGCCCUGGGCCAUGGACCUCUGUGCUCGGCGGCUCCUGGACCCCUGUGAACACCAAUGUGACCCCGAAACUGGGGAAUGCCUCUGCUAUGAAGGUUACAUGAAGGAUCCAGUACACAAGCACCUUUGCAUUCGGAACGAAUGGGGGACAAACCAGGGGCCCUGGCCGUACACGAUAUUUCAGCGAGGCUUUGACCUGGUUUUGGGAGAACAGCCUUCUGAUAAAAUAUUCAGAUUCACCUACACACUGGGGGAGGGCAUGUGGCUGCCCCUCAGCAAGAGCUUUGUUAUCCCGCCUGCUGAACUGGCCAUCAACCCAUCAGCGAAGUGUAAGACGGACAUGACAGUCAUGGAGGAUGCUGUAGAGGUCAGAGAAGAGCUGAUGACCUCGUCCUCCUUUGAUAGCCUGGAGGUCCUCUUGGAUUCCUUUGGGCCCGUGCGGGACUGCAGCAAGGAUAAUGGGGGUUGCAGUAAGAACUUCCGCUGCAUCUCGGAUCGCAAGCUGGACUCCACUGGCUGUGUGUGCCCAUCCGGACUCAGCCCCAUGAAGGACAGCUCGGGGUGCUAUGACCGCCACAUUGGGGUGGACUGCUCAGACGGCUUCAAUGGCGGCUGUGAGCAGCUGUGUCUCCAGCAGAUGGCGCCCUUCCCGGAAGACCCUGCCUUGUACAACAUUCUCAUGUUCUGUGGGUGCAUCGAGGAUUACAAGCUUGGUGUGGAUGGACGCUCUUGCCAACUCGUCACGGAGACCUGCCCGGAGGGAGGUGACUGUGGAGAAAACAGGGAGCUUCCCAUGAACCAGACCCUGUUUGGCGAGAUGUUCUUUGGUUACAACAACCAUUCCAAGGACGUGGCUGCUGGACAAGUGCUGAAAGGAACAUUCAGGCAAAACAACUUUGCUCGAGGUUUAGACCAACAACUGCCAGAUGGCCUUGUGGUGGCCACUGUCCCCCUGGAGAACCAGUGCCUGGAGGAAAUCUCGGAGCCCACCCCUGACCCGGACUUCCUGACUGGGAUGGUGAACUUCAGUGAGGUGUCUGGAUACCCCGUGCUGCAGCACUGGAAGGUCCGGUCUGUGAUGUACCACAUCAAACUCAACCAAGUGACCGUCUCUCAGGCCCUCAACAAUGCUCUGCAUUCCCUGGAUGGGGCUACCUCUCGUGGGGAUUUUGUGGCCUUAUUGGACCAGUUCGGCAAUCAUUACAUCCAGGAAGCCAUCUACGGCUUUGAGGAGUCCUGUUCUAUCUGGUACCCAAACAAGCAGGUCCAACGGCGACUCUGGCUGGAAUACGAGGACAUCAGCAAAGGUAACUCCCCAUCUGACGAGUCAGAGGAGCGGGAAAGAGACCCCAAGGUGCUGACGUUCCCAGAAUACAUCGCCAGCCUGUCAGAGUCUGGCACCAAGCGCAUGGCGGCUGGAGUCCGAAUGGAGUGCCAGAGCAAGGGACGCUGCCCCUCAUCCUGCCCCUUGUGUCACGUGACAUCCAGCCCUGACACCCCUGCUGAGCCAGUUCUGCUGGAGGUGACCAGAGCAGCCCCCAUCUAUGAGCUGGUGACCAACAACCAGACCCAGAGGCUCUUGCAGGAGGCCACCAUGAGCUCUCUGUGGUGCUCAGGGACUGGCGAUGUCAUCGAGGACUGGUGUCGCUGCGACUCCACUGCUUUCGGAGCCGACGGCCUGCCCACCUGUGCGCCUCUCCCACAGCCCGUGCUGAGACUGUCCACGGUUCACGAGCCCAGCAGCACUCUUGUGGUCCUGGAGUGGGGACACUCAGAACCUCCCAUCGGAGUGCAGAUUGUAGACUACCUGAUCCGUCAAGAAAAGGUCACUGACAGGAUGGACCACUCCAAAGUGGAGACAGAAACGGUGCUGAGCUUUGUGGAUGACAUCCUCUCUGGAGCCAAGUCUCCCUGCGCCAUGCCCUCCCAGGUGCCAGACAAGCAGCUUACCACCAUCUCUCUAAUCAUACGAUGCCUGGAACCCGACACCAUCUACAUGUUCACCCUGUGGGGAGUGGACAACACAGGACGACGCUCCAGACCAAGUGACGUGAUCGUGAAGACCCCUUGCCCCGUGGUGGAUGAUGUCAAAGCCCAAGAAAUAGCGGACAAGAUCUACAAUCUCUUCAAUGGCUACACCAGUGGGAAGGAGCAACAGACGGCUUACAACACCCUUCUGGAUCUGGGUCCCCCCACCCUACACCGAGUUCUCUACCACUACAACCAGCACUAUGAGAGUUUUGGAGAAUUCACCUGGCGGUGUGAGGAUGAAUUAGGCCCCAGGAAAGCUGGCCUCAUCCUUUCCCAGCUUGGGGAUCUCAGCAGCUGGUGCAACGGACUCCUUCAGGAACCCAAGAUCAGCUUGCGACGCAGCUCCCUCAACUACCUGGGAUGCCGCUACAGCGAGAUCAAGCCGUACGGACUUGAGUGGUCAGAGCUCAGCCAGGACCUCAGGAAGACAUGUGAGGAGCAGACCCUGAGUGUCCCCUACAAUGAUUAUGGGGACAGCAAAGACAUCUAGUGCCAGGAGUCCAGACAGCGGCUGCCAAAAGGAAGCAGGAGAGAAGAGGGGGACAUCUGGGUUGGUUGGUGGCUUUUUAAUAUUUUUUAAUGGAACCUUCAAACCUCCACAGACACCGUCGAAACCAGGGAGAAACCCAUCCUUGUUCCCUGCAGAAUCUCGUGUGACAUCCUCCAUCUGCAUGACCCUCACACCUGCUGGCCAGCGGCUUCAGGCAGCGCUGUUUUUUUAGGGGAUUGCUUUGGGUCUUGUUUUACAGUUGACUUUUUUCCCCCCCAAGAAGUUCAUCAAAACACUCGAAAGUUCUAUUAUGCUUCCCAUGAAAGGUCCUUAGGUCAAGGCAGCCUGUGCUCCCUGAGAGCCUAAGUCCCUUCUACUUAGGGACAGAGAUGAGGCCAGAAGGCGGUUACCCUGGCCUCUGUCCCCAGUGUCAGGCAUUCCCCAGGGUGCCCCUCACUCUGGCCCAGGUCACAGAGAAACACAACAACAAGGUUGGGAAGGUGGCCCCGGCUGUGCCGUGAGGCUUCCCUACUGCUAACGUCACACCUCACAGGUGAACCCAGCCUCCCAUCUGGGCCCCAAUGGGUUUCCUAGACUGUUAGUUCCUUCCCCGUGUUACAGGACAAAUGACAUCUCCCUCUGGAAGGUCUCGGUCCUCUCCUCUGAACAAUGUCAUCUUUAAGAGGCAACAAAAUGCUACCUGUCCAAUGCACCUUCAGCGUGGUCUACCUGGGAGACUGGUGAGCAGUCCACAUUCUGGAAAAGAAGUGGCAUUUAUUGUGUUUUUGUUUUUUUUAUAAAACUCCUGUGCCUCCAAGCUGAGCUUCUGCCGACCCCCAGUAUACAGGACUCUCCUGAUUGUCUAGUGUGGGUACCGCUUGCCCUGGACAGAUAAGGCUCUUGGCUGAUGUCUGCUCUGGUCCAGGAGGAGCUAGUACCACCAUGUCAGUGUGUUAGUGAACCCAAGUUCACUAAACCCAAGUUAUUACUGAUCACAAAACAUGUUCUGUCCUCUCCCUCCCCCCCAAACCCCCUUGCUAAAUUGGCUUAAUCAUAUUGUUAGUUUGGCGAGCAUUUUUCUGGGUGAGCAUCGCAGGAGGAUUCCACCAUUUUCACCCCACCGAGUUGCCAGGAGGAGCAGAGAUUCUGUGUAGGCUGCCUCCCCUGACUGCAGGGCAGGGCCGGCUGCUGUGUCUGCCCCAUUGCGCAAGCGCUGGCAGGGGCGGCAGCGGGGGCCUGGCUCACAGGAAGCCCCGCCUUCCCAAAGGCGCUUUGCAGGGCCAGGUGGUCCACAGCCCGCCCUGGCUGCGCCCACACCUCAGAGGCUUGAACACACACUUUCAGCCACCCUGCCCUUGACUGGGCUCCUCCUUUGGAAACACGAAAAUAAGGGCAGGAAGAAGAUGGGAGAUCUAGAAGGCCAUCCACUGAGCUGUAUUGAUUGUUUUCUAAACAGUAAUAAUUCCAGACCACAUUCAUUGAGUGCUUACUGUGUGCCAGAGGCUGGCCUAAGCACUUUACAUAUGACUGAAUUCUCACCUCCCCAAGUUCUGUUCUCAGCUCCAUUUCAGUGAUGAGGAAACUGAGGCAAAGAGAGGACGUACACCUUGCCCCAAAUGCCUCAUUUACUCUCUGCCUGAGCCACAGUAUGAAUUCAGGCUGUUGUACUCCAGAGCAUAGGAGCUUAACCCUUCUGCCACUCAGCCCUGUUUUCAGUAUUGCCUGCACCGGGCAGCUGUGCCAGCUGAAAGCUCCAUGGAGGGCCUGCCCAGAGAGUGUCCCCUUCCCCACACCUCCAUGGUGUACUUGUGCCCGGAGUGCAGUGGGAGGAGGAGCCAAAGUGCACCCUAACUCUGCAGCUAGAACCCCUUUGGGACCUCCGGGUCUGCAGCACAGGUGGUCCCUGCUGGUGCCCGGGAGCAAAGCUUGUGCUAAGACCACAAGCACAGGUUGCUCUCACUCCCUCUGCAUCUUUCCACAGAAAGAUUAACAGGUUUAUUUCACACUGUGGACUGCCCCUGCUUCAGAGACUCCCCCACUUCCAGAGCGAGGCUCACAGAAAACUCAGCCAUCCCAUCUGUGGUCAAGACAGGGCCUCAGGUGAGACCCCUCAAGGGACAAGCUUCCUCACCACAGAGGAAGAUGUCCUAGGCAGCUGGACACCACUCAGUGGGGCGGCCAAGGUGAGAGCUGCCGUUGCCGCUGCUACUGUGUUCCGUCCUUAUUCAAGUCUGAACAGAAAACGAGGUCCACGCCGCACGGGUGGGAGGUGCCCAGGCUGUCGCUACCUUCCUGCCCCAGUGGAGGGUGAGAUGCCAGUCGAUGGGCCAGGGAGGGAGGACAGCGAGUGGCACCAGGGAAACCCUUUUCUGUCCCCCCUUCUGUUUUAUUAAAAGAGACUCACUGUCGCCCUCUCACCUUCUGCCUUUUCCUGCUCUACCAAGUCCCUCUACCUCUCUUUCGUCUACGUUAUCUUCGCUCUUCCUGUGACCCUUUCUCCUUCAUCCCUCCCUUCUCCACGAUUCUCGUCCUCCCUCACGGUCCCCUUGUGCCCGCCUCACUGCACCCAUGCACGUGCACGUGCACACACACACACGCACACACUGCACAGGACUUCUAUGGCUGCGUCCCAUCUACUUUCAAGUUAAAAGUGAGACCAGCAGGAAUGGGGCAGGAGAGAGUCUUAGGAUGCCCUGAGGAUUUCAUUGGAGGGUGUGUGCCCUAAGAAGAUACAUUGAUCACACCAUGAUGACACCGCAAAGCUUGCCUGGAGGAACCCAUCCUGACUAGAAAAGGUGACGGUGCUGGACCAGUAUUAAACCUCAAGUUACCAAGCUGCCAAAUAGGUGUUAAGGGACUUGCUCAUAGCCACCCUCACACUCCCAGAUCUGGGGCUCCUGGGAGGUCACUGGGGCUCCCACCUGAGUGGACGUGACCCACUGUACUAGCAUUAGACCUUUCCCUGAGUGUGCGAUUGUUUUCCAUGGAGUUUGGUCCAUUCAUGAUUUUUAGGUAACCACACUUCUUGAUAUUCAAAUGUUCUAUUAAAAAACUGAGUGUGAAAACAAAACAAAACACUUUACUACUCUGGAAGGAAGGAAGAAUAUCAUGUGACCAACUUCAGGUAUAGCAGUAUUGUUUAAAAGAGAAUUAUUGUACGAUUAUGAAAAACCGGAAUAAUCAACUAAAUAAUAAACAGAGCUGUUAGUAAGUGGCGGGUGUGUGGGUAUUCCCUUGUACCAUUAAAUAACCAGUCAUCUGCCUGGACCGACCUAGGAACUGUGAGAGUUUUAAAUUUUAGAUACACAGACCUUGUAGCCUGUCAUCCUAACUAGAAAAAAGUUAAACACGUCACAGCAAAUUAUAAACUUACACUAGUGCUAUGUAGUGAUGGUUCUCAUGGUCUCUCUGCCACCUUCUCCAAAUAACGAGCCAACGAAAUGUAUUUAUUGCAUAUCUGCUAUGAUUCGGACACCGUGUGUGGUUGGAGGGUACACUGGUGAGCAAGACAAGAGGAUGCACUGGGGAAAGUUAGACAUUGACCCCAUCGUUACAAAGGUGAUGAGAACUAUGACAGAGAAGUAGAGGAAGCUCUGGAAGUUGCUGAAAUGUAUACUUGGGGCAUCUAAGAAAAAUGCUGCCAAAGGCCCUCCCUGACACUUUUCUGUAAUAUCUUGCAUUCUGUGGACCUUUUGGGACAGGCAGGCUAUUAUGAAAUGCUUCGAGGUGGGCCACCCAAACACUCAGUAUCGUUUUUCGCUCUGCAAUGUAACUUUAAAUAGAUGUCAUCGCCACUGACCCCAGAACAUGAUUCCCUUUAUCUUCCAUAACCAGAUGCUAAGAGCCUGCACGCCGACAAGGUCUUCGGGAGAAGUUCUAGUCUCUGUGUAAGCAGGAACUGUUAUUAAAAGAAGAUGAGGACGGCGGCAGCUUUAAAACAUGACCAUAAAUUCUUUGACACCCUCCCUUCCACAAGUGUGUUCUACUGGCUCUCCCCUUGAAUCUGGGUAGGUUUAUGAGGGUUUUAACCAGUAAAAUAGAUGAAAGUGACACGAUGUGACUUCCAAGUCUGAGUCAUAAAAGGCCUUGGGACUUCUGCCUUCUUCUCUGGAACUCUUACUCUUGGAACUCUGAGUCAACACAGAAGAAAGCUGAGGCCACCAGGCUGGGGCCGCUGUGCUGGAGAGGUCACGUGUAAGCACUCUGGGCCACUGUCUCAGCUGCACCCAGCCUCCUAGCCGCUCCUGAGGCACCUGACCUGUGAACUAAGCUGCCUUGGACCCAUAAGACUAGUUAGUCCCU